UAGAAGUAGUAGAGCAUGGAUUUACGCUUUGAAUGCAUCUUCAAUGAAAAAAACUUCAGCGAAAAUGAGGAUGAAAUGCACUACUUUGCAGUAAAACAUUGUUUAUGAGUACCCUAAAGCGUAGGUCUACUUAAAAUUUGCGUCUCAAAAUUAAGACUAUAUUUAAUAUACAUAUUUCAUACCCGCAUGUAUGAGAAAUGUCUGGUAACUUUUGGGAGAGUUCGCACAAUCAGCAGUGGCUUCUGGAUAAACAGGACCUGAUCAGAGAACGGCAGUAUGAUUUAGGAAUUUUAACUGAAGAAGAGUACCAGAAAAUUUUCAUCUUCUUUUGUAAUUUGAUUCAGGUACUUGGGGAGCAGCUGAAGCUUAGGCAACAAGUGAUAGCCACUGCCACAGUUUUCUUCAAACGUUUCUAUGCCAAGAAUUCUCUGAAAUGUAUUGAUCCUUUGUUGCUUGCUCCAACAUGUGUCUUCCUUGCUUCCAAAGUUGAAGAAUUUGGUGUAAUAUCCAAUAGCAGACUUAUUACUACCUGCCAGACUGUUAUAAAGAAUAAAUUCAGCUAUGCCUAUACACAGGAAUUUCCUUAUCGUACAAACCAUAUCUUAGAAUGUGAAUUUUAUCUUUUGGAAAAUUUGGAUUGCUGCCUCAUUGUUUACCAACCAUAUAGACCACUGAUGCAACUAAUACAAGAUAUUGGGCAUGAAGAGCAGUUACUGGGACUGGCAUGGCGAGUUAUAAAUGAUAGCCUACGUACAGACGUGUGCCUGCUAUAUCCACCAUAUCAGAUAGCUUUAGGGUGCCUUCAGAUUGCUUGUGUAAUUCUCCACAAGGACUUAAAAACGUGGUUUGCUGAGCUGAAUGUUGAUAUAGAGAAAAUACAGGAAAUUGCUAGGUAUGUAAUUAACCUAUUUGAGCUGUGGAAAUCGUAUGACGAAAAGAAAGAUAUACAAGCUUUGCUUGCCAAGAUGCCUAAGCCCAAAACACAACCCAGCAGAUAAUGAACUUAUGGUUCUUAGAGGCAUUCAACAAUCAUGGUGAUACAUAUAGAUAUAUGAAUUAAACAGCAGCAUUAUUUUAUUAUUGUACUAAUUAUUAUAAUGCAUUAUGCAUUAUAAAAAUAAUUGACUAAAUGUUUAUGUUAAACAUUUUUGAUGAAACAGAAAUUGUGAUAUCUGAGAUAUUGAGUGUGUACUCCUGACUCUUUUAUAUCACUAUGUGCAUUUAAGAAAUAAAAUAUUUUUAAUGUA